AAUUUAUUGACUAAAAAAACUUUAAUAAACCCUCUCUUUCUUUUUAAAAAAACACAAAAAAAAAGUGUAAAAACAUAUAUAGUCCUUCUUUAGAAAAGAUUUUAAUUUUUUCAAAAAAACAAUUUUUUUCUUUUUUUGAAUAUGAAUGUUUCAAAGUUCAUCAAAUGUGUGACUGUAGGUGAUGGAGCUGUUGGAAAGACAUGUAUGUUAAUUUGUUACACUAAUAACAGAUUUCCCACUGAUUAUAUUCCUACUGUGUUUGAUAAUUUUAGUGCUAAUGUGUCUAUGGAUGGAAAAAUUGUGAAUUUGGGAUUAUGGGACACUGCAGGUCAAGAAGAUUAUAGCAGAUUAAGGCCAUUAAGCUAUAGAUGUGCAGAUGUAUUUGUAUUAGCUUUCUCUUUAAUCAGUAGAGCAAGCUAUGAAAACGUUUUAAAAAAGUGGAUGCCUGAACUACGUCGUUUUGCACCUGAUGUUCCGAUUGUACUUGUUGGAACAAAGUUAGAUCUUCGAGAUGACAACGCAUAUCUAGCUGAUCAUAUGGACUCAAAUAUCAUUACGCCUGCCCAAGGUGAGGAGCUAAGGAAACAAAUCGGUGCUGCAGCUUAUGUAGAAUGCAGCUCUAAGACACAACAGAAUGUGAAAGCUGUUUUCGAUACGGCAAUCAAGGUUGUGCUUCAACCUCCUAGGAGGAUGGAAGUUACAAGUAAGAAAAGGCACAGAAGCACAGGCUGCUCAAUUGUCAGGGGGAUCGUAUGUGGAGGCUGUGCUGCUGUUUAGCGAAACGUUAGGUGGAUUUCAUGUUAUAUUAUUUCAUAUUAUAACGAGUUUGAGUCUGAGACAUAGUAGUUGAGUUAAUGCAAGUUGUUUUUGGUGGCAUCAGAAUAUGGCUGAAGUAAUGUUGUUGUUAAUAUAGUAUUUGUUUUGUAUCAUAAACUAGAUGUAUAAAAAGCAUAGGGAAUUUGUUGAUUCCCUUAAUGUUAUGUUGCUCGGAUUCAUUCAAAAAUAUUAUCGAUUUUGUUUCA